AUGCAACAACAACAACAACCAAAAGUUAAAUUAAGUAAAAAAGAUUAUAUUGAAAAGAAAGAAAAAGAACAACAAUUACUUAACAAUAAUAAUAAAGUUAAUAGAGAAAAAGAUGGUAAAAUAAUGAUUGAAAAGAAUUUACAAGAGAAACAAGAUGAUAUAUUAAUGAAUGAAAAAAAAAAGCAACAAUCAGGUUUAGGUAUUGAUAAAACCUUUACAUUAGUAAUCAAUACAUUGGGACAUUUAGAAAAGAAGAAUGAUUUAGAUCAAUAUUGGGUACUAAAUAAUAAAGAAUAUCAUCUAUCAUUCAUAACAUUCUUACCAGCAGAUAACAAUGAACAAGGCUCAUCCGAAGAAUCAAUACUAUUCAUGAAUUCCGAUUUAUCAAGUUUAUUAAAAUUUCAAUAUAAUAUAUUUUGGUCACAUUGUAUUUUCAAUAAAUCAUUAAACGAAUUCAUUGAUUCAUUUUUAAAAUUUUUUAAAAGAGAUAAUCAACCAAUAAUUUCAUUAGUAAAUAAUAAUAGUGUUAAUAAUAAUAAUAAUAAUAAUAAUAGUAUAAUUAAAAAAGGAUCAAAAGAUUUUAAUGAAUCAAAGAAAUUAUUAUUUAAACGUGUAUUUUUGGUUUUGGUUAGAAUGUCGUUACAACAAGAGAAAUCAGGUUUUAUAACUAGAGAAUUCUAUUCUGAUUUAAUUUAUAAAAAUAAAUUAUUUACAAUUCCAAAAUUAUUCGAUAUAGUUUCAUUAUAUUCAUCUCAUGCAAGAGAUGCUGUAACAACAAUGAUUCAAAGUAUUUUCGAUACUCAACCAAAUUAUUAUAAAGAUUUACUUCAACAUUUUCAAUUAAUUUCAAAAACAUUAUUUGAAUUAAAUCAAAGUUUAUUAAAUAGAAAUUUAUUAGAUUUAUUAAGAUUAGAAGAUAAUUAUUUAAUGGAUAUUGUUUAUAAUUUAGAACAAUUUAUUAGAAUAUUUCCAAUGGGUAGUCAUCAAUUAUUUGAUGAAUAUUUGAUGAAUUUAGAAAAGGGUGGUGGUGAUGGUAAUGGUGGUGUAUUGGGUUGGUUAACUUAUUUCUAUGAAUAUAUAAUACCAAUUUUUAAUAAGGAGAAUCAAAAAGCAUCAAAUAAACAAGUCAAUUUGACGCCAUCGAUUUACGUACCACUAAAACAACAUAUUCUUUCUAUUUUCCAUACGAUUUUCAGACACCAUUUCAUGAUAAAGCUUGAGCAAUUACAAUUGUUAAUUCAAGAUCCAUGUCAGUUAUGUAAAAAGUUACCAUUGGAUGAAAUCUCUCAUAGAUUCUUCUCUUUGUUGGGUAAUAUCACUUCAUUUAGUCAACAAAUCAUUGGUUCAACUAAAUCUAAUAGAUCAAAACUUUUCAAUGAAUAUUUCGAUAAUAUUACAAGUGCUUCAAUCUUAUAUGAUUAUGAACAAACUUACAAGUUAUCAAAUUUCUUGGAUAAAUUGGUUACCUUGGAUUCAUCAAUUGAUUUCACAUCUUAUACUUAUUUUAUGCAAUUAAUUGGUAAACCUGUAUCACAAGAUCAAAAACAAAUUCAAAAACCAAAAUUCAAAAAAUCAACAACAAUUAUUGAUUCAAAUAUAUCAUCAUCAUCAUCAUCAUCAUCAUCAUCGUCACCAUCAAAUGCUACUACAACAGUUAAACCAAUCCUUUCAAAUAAUCCUGUAAUUAUGAAUACUGUUAAAAUUGAUCAAGUUAAAUCUUUAUUCCCUGAUCUUGGUGAUUGGUUCGUUCAUUGUUGUUUAAAGUAUUAUAAUCAAGAUGUUGAACAAGUUAUUAAUGCACUUUGUGAUGAUUCUUCCCUUCCACCACAUUUGAAAUCAAUGGAUAGAUCUUUAUCUUCUGAUCCUUCUCAACCUUCUAAAAAUAUACCAACACCAACAACUACAACAACUACAACUACUACAACUGAUAAACCAAAUAAUACUACUACUGCUACUACUACUACAACUACUACCACUUCAAGUAGCAAAUCACUUGAAAAAUCUAUGAAUGAAUUGAAUAUUAGCAUAGGCUAUGAAAAAAUUUAUGAUGAAAAAUAUGAUGAUUCACUUGAAGAGUUUUCAGGUUUCUCUGUUCAAGAUGGUGAAAAAUAUAAUGAUGAAGAUGAAGAUGAAAAGAAGGAUAGUGAAAAUAAUACAAAUACUGAAGACCAAAAACAUCCAACCACCAGUGCAUCAGGUAGAACUCCAAAUGAAUCAAAUAAUCUUGGACGUCCAAGACAAAAUAACCCAAACAAGGGUAGAAAAGAGGAUAAUCGUAAUAAUAAGCAACAAACUCAUUCAUCUCAUCAUUCUCAGCCACAACAACAACAACAACAGCAACCACCACAACAUCAACCACAACCACAUCAACAACCACAACAACAACCACAACCACAUCAACAUCAACAACCACAACAACAGCAACCACAACAACCACAACAUAAACAGCAACCAAAACCACAACAAUCAAAACAACAUCCACAACAACAACCAAAACAACAACCAAAACAACAACCACAACAACCAAAACAACAAUCACAACAACAACCAAAACAACAUCCACAACCACAACAACCGCAACAACCACAACCACAACCACAACCACAACCACAACAACAACAACAACAACAACAACAACAACAACAACAACAACAACAAAGACAACCACAACAACCACAACAACCACAACCACAACAACAAAACCAACAACAAAAUCAACAACAAAAUCAACAACCUAAGAAAUCACAAAAUGAUGAUAAACCCAAACCAGAUAAAAAACCAAAAGGAAGUUACUCAAAAGGGGGUUCAGUUGGAGGUGGCAGAUAA